AUGAACGCGGCAUGCAAUUUGAAUGUCCUCCGUGUUCUUGUUGUUGGUGAUACGGGCGUGGGGAAAACAUUGCUUUUGCGGCGCCUGCUUCAAGCAGUUGCUCCAGGCGAAGCUUCCCUAGAUACCACGUGGAGUCCGACAACUGGAUUUCAUGUGGAGGUGAUUCUUGAAAAGAACCAGCAAUUUUCUUUGCGAGAUUCAAUUGCUGUGCCUUGUGUUGCAUUCAUUGAACUUGGCGGUAAUCGCAAUUUUGGGCCAAGCAGUCAAUUUCCAAUUAGUCUGAUGUCUUUUGACGGUGUUAUUUUCGUUUACGACCGCCAUAAUGCCAACAGUGCAAUUGGGCUCAGCUACUGGUAUGAGGAUCUUAAGAAUUAUGGUGUUGUCGGGAUUGUUGGGGGCGCCAAAGUGAUGCUUCUUGAGACGGCGCUGUCGCCAUCGGUGUCGAAUUCCCCAAAUGCCAACAGUGGGCUUCCAGAUGAACUUCUUGGCGCAUAUCUACAGAGAAAUAUCAAAAAACCUCCGCCGUGGAAAAGACGUUUUAAUAAAAUAAAAAGUUCAAUUGCCCAAGGGGUGGGUUCAUCCAGACUUAGUGUUAGAGACUUUUUACAUCACCAGGGUAGUCUUCGCGUGCGAGUCGCUGUUUUUAUUCUUCAAUGGGCAUUAAAAAUUGAAAACUUGUUGCUCUUUCUGGUAGCUGUGAUUCUUUUUGGCCCACACCAGCAGUCUGUUCGAUUGCGACGGCCAUCUGUGGCCGAGGCCCUGGCGAUGAUAUCAUCUGAUGUUGCUGGCACCCAAACAGUCUUCUCGUGUCCCCUCUUUGACCAACUGGAGUUUGAGGCGUCGGCUCUGGGGAAGUUGCUGUCGUUUGUUGAUUCUCUGAGGCGCGACUAG